CGUUUUGAUAUCACAAAACGUCAAAAUCUGACAUUCAAACCUGUCAUUCCUGUCAAGCGCAAUAAAUCUCUCUUAAAAACCGGCAAAAUUCGCUAAAAACCCAGUCAAUUCGCAAUGCCUGUAGACAUUCCGGGCUUCCUUUACGCGGGGGCGGUAGCCGCAGGCGGCUUUCUCGGUUAUUACAGGGCAGGGUCGAUACCGUCCCUGGCGGCUGGUCUCCUGUUUGGCAGUGCUCUCGCUUACGGGGCCUUCCAAGUCAGUCGCGAUCCUUCCAACUAUUCGGUUCAGCUGGUCACCAGUUCGAUCCUAGCGGGCGUAAUGGGGUACAGGUUUUAUAAUUCGGGCAAAAUCAUGCCCGCUGGGGUUGUCUGCGCCUUGUCGGGGGCUAUGAUCGUGCGCAUUGCCUUUAAUGCCGCGACGUUGACUGACAGGAAGGUCUCUUAAAUUACUCUUCCCUUUGGGGUCUUCCCUUUGUCUCUUGGUGUAGGUAUUAAAAUGUGGCAAAUCCGUUAUAUUUACGAAUAGUUGUGUAUGUUUCUGAUGAUUUUGUUUUGUUGAAAUAAAUGAGUAAAUGGCU